UAAAACAAAAUAGGCAUAUAAUUCCGAAAUUAUUUCAUUCAUCGUUUAGUAAUUUUUGUAGCGAUGACCGAAAAAAAAUUUGAUUAUUGAGUGUUUUGUUUUCUUAUCAAUUAAAUAAUGGAAAUGGAACAAGAAAAACCUAAACCGGAAAAAGUUUCGAAAAUUUCGGAAAAACCGAAAAUUCCACCAAAACCAAAACAUCUUAAUUUAAAUCCAACAACUGAUGAAUCAUCAGAUUCAAAACAACGAUCACCAUUUAGUCCGGUACAUAGUCCACCAUUGUCACCAACUUUACUACCGGAAGAGGUAAAAAUUUUGGAAACAGUCGAUGAUAUUCAAGAUCGUCGUGAUACAGUUUUGGGCAAAUAUGUUUUAUUCAAAGCUGAUACUCAAGAUAAACGACAUAAACUUUUAGAUUCAAAACGUUUUCAAUAUUUUAAACGUGAUGCUGAUGAAUUAGAAGCAUGGAUUAUGGAAAAGCUACAAGUUGCUUCAGAAGAAUGGCACAAAGAUACAACAAAUAUUCAGAUUAAAAUUCAAAAACAUCAGGCUUUUGAAGCUGAAGUACAGGCCCAUACAUCGGCAAUCGAUACAUUGGACAAAAAUGGUAAUCAAAUGAUACAGAAUCAACAUUUUGCUAGCGAUACAAUCAAGAAACGUUUAGAAGAGAUACAUAAACUUUGGGACAUGUUGUUCAUGAAAAUACAGUUACGUGGUGUUCGUUUGAACGAAGCAUUAAUUUUGUUACAAUUUUCAAAAAAAUGUGAUGAAAUUCUAUAUUGGAUUACUGAUAAAGAAACACAAUUAGGUGCUGACAGUUUGGAUGAUAUUGAUCAUAUUGAAGCUCAUACUCGUAAAUUUGAAGAUCUUGUCAAAGAUAUGAGCGGUGAAGAAUUUCGCAUUUUAGAAAUCAAUGAUCAGGCUAAUAAGUUGAUUUCGAAUGGACAUCCAGAUGCUUCGGUCAUAAGUAAAAAGAAGCAACAAGUGAAUGAUGAAUGGGAAAAGUUAAAAAAUAUGGCAGCCAAUCGUAAGGAUAAACUUGGCGCAGGUCAUGAGAUUCAUGAUUUUACACAAGAAACAAUGGAAACACUUGGAUGGAUUACCGACAAAGAUCAAACUUUGGCCAAUGAUGAUUUCGGUAAAGAUUUGAUGAGCGUACAAGCAUUACAACGUAAACAUGAAAAUUUUGAACGAGAUUUAGCCGCUCUAGGCGAUAAAGUUGAUAAUCAAAUCAAACAAGCAGAUAAAUUGUUGAAAAAACAUUCAGUUGGUAAUGAUCAUAUUGGUAAUACAAAAGCCAAUUUAGAGAAUGCAUGGAAAAAAUUAAAAGCCAAAUCAGAUGAACGACGAAAACGUUUAGAUGAAGCAUUUCAGGUGCAAAAAUUUCUAUCCGAUUAUAGAGAUUUAAUACUUUGGAUUCAAUUGAUCAAAGAUAUGAUCAAUGCUGAAGAAUUGGCUAAAGAUGUUGCUGGUGCUGAAAUUCUACUCGAACGACAUCAAGAACAUAAAGGUGAAAUUGAUGCACGUGAAGAUAGUUUUCAAAUAACAGAAAAUGAAGGUAAACAAUUGAUUGAGAAUAAAAUUAUGGUACCAGAAGUGGAAGAAAAAUUAAAACAUUUGAAUGAUGAAAAAAUGUCUUUGGUUAUGUUAUGGGAAGAACGACGUAUUCUUUAUGAACAAUGUAUGGAUUUACAAUUAUUUUAUCGUGAUACUGAACAGGCUGAACAAUGGAUGAACAAACAGGAUGUAUUUCUUGAAAAUAAUGAUCUUGGUGAUUCAUUGGAUCAGGUUGAAUCAAUGAUCAAAAAACAUGAUAAUUUUGAAAAAACAAUGAAAGCACAUCAGGAAAAAAUUAAUGCAUUGGAUGAAUUUGCACAACGAUUAAUCGAAAAUAAUCAUUAUGCUUCGGAUGAUAUUGAACAAUUACGACAAGCAUUUUUAUUACGACGUGAUGAUCUACUUGAACGUGCACGUUUAAGACGUAAUCUAUUGAAUGAUGCUUAUCGUUAUCAACAAUUUUUAAUCGAUUAUGAUGAUCAAAAAUUUUGGAUUGUUGAAAAGCUUAAAAUGUCAUUGGAUGAUACAUGGCGUGAUUUGACUAAUUUAAGCGGAAAAGUAAGACAGAUUGAAAAUUUUAAACAAGAAAUUGAAGCAAAUCAACCACGAAUUGAUGAAUUAAUUAGUAAAGGUGAAAAAUUAAUCAAUGAUCAACAUUAUGCAUCGGAUGAUAUUCGAGAUAAAACAAAUGAUAUUAAUAAAAUCUGGCAAGAUCUUAUUCAAGCUGCUGAAAAUAAACGUUCAAAAUUAGAUGAUGCUGGUGAUGAACAAGCAUUUAAUCGAGCUGUUGAAGAUGUUGAAUUAUGGUUAAAUGAAAUUGAACGUCAAUUAGCCAUUGAAGAUAAGGGUAAAGAUUUAAAUUAUGUGCAGAAUUUGUUGAAAAAACAAUCGGCUAUCGAAUUGGAAGUGUCUGAUCAUCAAGAAACUGUGAAUAAUAUCAUUAAUAAAGCAAACGAAUUGAUUGACCAAAAUCAUUUUAACAAGAAUCAGAUUGCAGCCAAAAAGAAUGCCUUGAUAAAACGUUUUAAUAAUAUUAAAAUACCUGUGAAAAAUCGUCGUCGUCGUUUGAUUGAUUCGGCUAAAACACAACAAUUGUUUUGUGAUAUUGAUGAUCAAAUUGCAUGGAUCAAUGAAAAAGAACCGUUGAUUAAAUCAUCGAAUCGUGGCCGUGAUCUAAUGGGUGCGCAGAAUUUGAAGAAAAAACAUCAGGCAAUUCUUUCGGAAAUUAACAAUCACAAGCCAAGAAUACAGGCCGUAAUUGAUCAAGCUGAACAAUUGGUCAAAGAUGGAUCAAUGCCAAAAUCGGGUGUUGAUCAAAUUAAUGAAAGGAUAAAAAUUUUGAAUGAUAAAUGGAAUGAAUUGCUUGAUCGUGCUAAUAAACGUAAAGAAGAUCUGGAUGAUGCUAUUUUGGUUCAUCAAUAUUUUACUGAUGUAAAUGAAGCCGAAACAUGGUUGAAUGAAAAAGAACCAAUAGUAAGCGAUCCAUCUAUUGGUCCAGCCAAAACUGAAGAUGCAAUUGAAGCUUUGUUGAAAAAACAUGAUGCACUUAUGGAUGAUAUUGAUGCAUUUAAAUAUACAAUUGAAGAUCUUCGAAAACGUGCCGAAGAUUUUAAACAACGAAAAGUACCUGUUCCGAUGGAAACUCGUAAAGAAGUUGUUGUAGCAUUAAUGGAUUAUCAGGAAAAAUCUCCACGUGAAGUAUCAAUGAAAAAAGGUGAUAUUUUAACAUUGUUGAAUGCUAACAAUAAAGAUUGGUGGAAAAUAGAAAUCAAUGAUCGACAAGGUUUUGUACCGGCUGCUUAUUUACGUCGAACUGAAACGGCAAUACCAGCCGAUAAAGAUCAACAACGAACAUUGGAUCGAGAUUUAAUUCCACAACGGCAAAAACAAAUUGAGAAAAAAUAUACCGACAUAAUGGAUCAUGGUCGUCGUAGAAAGAAUAAAUUAGAAGAUGCAUGUAAAGCAUUACAAACAGCUCGUAAAGCUAAUGAAUUAGCACAAUGGAUUAAAGAUAAAGAACAAAUUGCUACUAUUGAAGUAAUUGAUGAUAAACUUGAUGAUUUAGAACAAGUUGAAAUGAUGCAGAAAAAAUUUGAUGAUUUUUUCGAAGAACUUAAACAAAAUGAAGUUCAAUUGGCCGAAAUGAAAGAUGUAGCCGAAAAAUUAAGAAAUCAAGGUGAUACAGAAGCGGCUGCAAAAAUUGAUCAACAAGUAAAUCAAUUGAAUAAUAAAUGGAAUGAAUUGCAGGAAAUUUCGGCAAAAAAAGCACAAAAAUUAGAAAGUGCAAAUGAAGUACAACGUUUUAAUCGAGAUAUUGAUGAAACAAUUGAUUGGAUUAAGGAAAAAGAAGAUGCAUUAAAAGAUUUGGAUAAUAUUGAUGAAGAUGAUAUAAAAUCAGUGGAAAAAUUAAAACGAAAAUAUGAUGGUCUUGAACGAGAUUUGGCUGCAUUGAAUGAUAAAAUCAAAAGAAUGAAAGAAACUUCUUCACGUUUGGCAAACAAUCGACCAGAACAAGCUGAUCAAACUAAACAUAAACAACAAAUUGUGAAUAAAGAUUGGGAUAAAUUACUUGGACAGGCACAUAAACGUAAAGAGAAAAUAAUAAAUCUAUAUGAUUUACAAAGAUUCCGUGAAAUGUUUAAUGAUCUAGCACAAUGGAUUAUGUCAAUGUUAAGUCGAUUACAAGAUCAUAAAGCUCAUGAAUUAAAUGAUCCGAUUGAAGCGGAAGCACUUUUGGAACAACAUCAAGAAAAAGUAAAAGAAAUCGAUGCCAAUUCAACACCAUUUAAUAAUUUUGAAAAAUUUGGUGAAAAAUUGAUCGAACAAAAUCAUUAUGCUACACCUGAAAUAAAGAACAAAUUAGAAGAUAUGAAAGCCAAACGACAAAAAUUAAACGAUGAAGGAAAAAAACAGAGAAAAUUUCUGGAACAGGUAUUGGAUUAUUUAAAUUUUAAAAAAGAAUGUGAACAAGCUGAAAAUUGGAUGGGUAAACGAGAACAAUUUUUGGAAACACCACACGAUGAUGAUGAUAAUGUUGAAGCAAUGAUCAAACGACAUGAAGAUCUGGGAAAAGCUAUCGAUAAUCAAGAGCAAAAAAUUGCUACCAUUGCUAAUUUUGGUGAUCAAUUAAUUAAAAAAGAUAAUUAUAAUUCAGAUCCAAUACAGAAAAAAAUCAACGAACUAUUGAAACGUUGGAAAGAAUUGAAAAAUAAAUUGAUGGAUAAAAAAUCACAGCUUGGUGAAUCACAAUCAUUACAACAAUUUUCACGUGAUGCUGAUGAAAUUGAAUUAUUGAUUAAUGAAAAACUACAAACAGCAUUAGAUGAAUCACCUUAUCGUGAUCCGACUAAUAUUGAAUCAAAGAAUCAAAAACAUCAAGCAUUUGAAGCUGAACUUCGUGCAAAUGAAGAAAAAAUUCGACAAAUGUUAGAAGAUGGUAAAAAAUUAAUCGAAAAACAAAAAUGUUCAGGAAAUGAAGAUGCUGUCAAACAACGAUUAGAUGCUGUUACUGAACAAUGGAAAUUUUUAAUCGAACGAACCAAAUUAAAAACAUUCAAAUUACGUGAAGCUAACAAAGGUCGAGAUUUCAAUGCGGCCAUUAAAGAUUUAGAUUUUUGGCUAAACGAAAUGGAAGGUUUACUUAAAAAUGAAGAAACUGGAAAAGAUUUAGCAUCCGUACAGAAUAUGAUUAAAAAACAACAAAAUCUUGAUGCUGAUAUUGCAGCUAGAGGUGAAAAGAUAAAAAAGAUGAAUAAUUUAGCUGAUUCAUUAAUGGAAUCGGAUCAAAAUGAUAAACAGGCAUUACAGGAUAAACGUUCAUCAGUGAAUGAACGUUAUGAACGUUUGAAAAAUCUAUCCGAUUAUCGAAAUGCUAAACUAAAUGAUGCUUUAACAACAUAUCGAUUUUUCAAAGAUAUUAACGAUCAGAAUAGUUGGAUUAAUGAAAAAAAAUUAUUACAAGAUUCGGAUGAUUUUGGUAAAGAUUUGGCUAGUGUGAAUAAUUUACGAAAAAAACAUAAACGUUUUGAAAAUGAUGUUCUGGCACAUGAACCAAUCAUUCAAGAUAUUAUUGAAACUGGACAGAAAUUAAUGGCCGAAACUACACUACCAAAUGCACCUGAAACUGAAAAAAAAUUAGAACAUUUGGAAAAUAAUUGGCAAGAUUUGAAGAAAAAAUUACAAGAUCGAUCGGAUAAACUGGAAGAUGCAUUAAUUUUUCAACAAUUUAUGACCGAUGUUGAAGAAGAAGAAUCUUGGAUUGCAGAAAAAUAUAAACUACUUUGUGAUCCAAAUUGUGGUGAUUCGAUUGCAGCUGCACAAGGAUUAUUGAAAAAACAUGCAAUACUUGAAAAGGAUUUUCAAAAUCAUAUGGAUCGUUAUAAAGAUAUUACAUUGACUGGACGUGGUCUGAUUAAUGAAGGCAAUUUUUGUGCACCAAAAGUUGAACAAAAAUUGGAUCAAUUACAUGAUAAACUUAAUAAUCUACAAAAAUUAGCCGAUAAACGAAAACAAAAAUUGAUUGAUAAUUUUGAUUAUCUACAAUUCUUGUGGAAAGCCGAUGUUGUUGAAAAUUGGAUUGCCGAUAAAGAACACCAUUUAAAAACUGAUGAAAUUGGUCGAGAUCUUUCGACUGUUUCGGCUUCGUUAUCGAAACAAGACAAUUUCGAUAAUAGUUUACAGGCAUUCGAACAGGAAAGUUUAAAAAGUUUAACUUUAUUCAAGAAUGCAUUAGCAUCACCUGGUCGUGAUCAUGUUAAACGUGAAGACAUUAAUAAAAGAUUUGAACAUUUAAUGAAUCGAUGGAAAAAUCUUCUUCAAUUAGCACAACAACGACGUGAACGAAUAUUGAAUGUUCAGAAUCAAUACAAAGAAAUUGAAGAUUUAUUUUUGGCAUUUGCAAAAAAAGCAUCAGCAUUUAAUUCAUGGUUCGAAAAUGCUGAAGAAGAUCUUACUGAUCCGGUUCGUUGUAAUUCAUUAGAUGAAAUACAAACAUUGACAAAAAAUCAUCAGAAUUUUAUUGAUUCAUUAUCACAAGCACAUAAUGAUUAUCAAACAUUAUUGGAUUUGGAUAAACAAAUUAAAGCCUAUAAAUUGGGACCAAAUCCUUAUACAUGGUUUACAAUUGAAGCAAUCAAUGAUACUUGGCGUAAUUUACAGAAAAUUGUACUUGAACGAAACAAAGAAUUGGAAAAAGAAUAUCAAAGACAAAUGGAAAAUGAUAAAUUGCGAAAAGAAUUUGCAUUAGUUGCGGAUAAAUUUCAUCAAUGGCUUUCAUAUAUUAGAGUUGCAUUGAUGGAUUCACAAGGAACAUUGGAAGAACAAUUAAAAUCUGCACAACAAAAAGCCGAAGAAAUAAUGAAAAAACGUGAAGAUCUGAAAAAGAUUGAACGAUUAACAGCAACACUUGAAGAACGAUUAAUUUUAGAAAAUAGAUAUACAAAUCAUAGUGCAUUAAGUUUAGCACAACAAUGGGAUCAAAUUAAUCAAUUAUCGAUGCGUAUGCAGAAUAAUCUAAAACAACAAAUACAAGCCAAAAAUCAAUCAGGUGUUAGUGAAGAAAGUUUACGUGAAUUUACAAUGAUGUUCAAACAUUUUGAUAAAGAACGAAUUGGAAAAUUGAAUCAUAAAGAUUUUAAAUCCUGUAUGCGUGCAUUAGGCUAUGAUUUACCGUUGAUCGAAGAAGGUGAACAAGAUCCUGAAUUUGAUGAAAUAUUGGAUGAAGUUGAUCCAUAUCGUAGUGGAUUUGUUUUUCUACAUGAUUUUAUUGCUUUUAUGAUUAGUAAAGAAACGGAAAAUAUCUCUACACAAGAAGAAAUGUAUAAUGCAUUUAGAUAUAUUGCCAAUGAUCGACCAUAUAUUACAUUGGAAGAAAUUCAAGCGAAUAUACCAUGGGAUAAAGUGGAUUAUUGCGUAAAACAUAUGAAACCAUAUGUUGAUCCAAAAACUAAUCGUGAAAUUAAAGAUGCUUAUGAUUAUCAGGCAUUCAUUCAACGAUUAUUUAGCUAAAGAAUUUUUAGCAAUCAUCUUUUCAAAAAAAACUCAUCAACUUUUCAAAUUAUAUCUCUUUAUUCAUAGAUUUUAUUAGUAUUUAAUUAUAGUUUUUUUUUUGUUCUGUAGUCAUCAUAUACGUUAAAUA